CUCAGGUAUUCCACUGAGGAUUGUUCCUUUGAAGAAGAGAUUCGUCCAGAUGGCUACAAUGUAUAUAGAUCAAAAAAAUACGGAAUAUCGGUGUCUUUGAGUAGCGCCAAGCAAAGACAACAGUUCAAGGGAAAAGAUUUUCUUCCACUAUCUCACUUCUUACCUAUGAUCAACACCGUGCCUGUGGAGUCAACAGACUUUGGUGAAUACGGUGAUUACAGCCAAGCGUUUGAACCAGAGGUGUACUCCUCACCUCUCGAAACGGACAGCAUGGACCCCUUUGGCAUCACCUCCAAACUGUUGCCGGUGAAGAGCCCCAGCUUUCAGAAAUGA